AGGAGCUUGGGGAGGAGUCUGAGGGGCUUUGAGGGGUCUGAGAGACCUUAAGGGGCUGUGAGGAGCUUCGAGGGGCCGCUUUGAAGGGUUUGAGAGACCCUGAGAGGCUCUCGGGGGGUCUGAGCGACCUCGAGGGUUCGUGAGGGGGCUCUGAGGGACCGCGAAGGCUCUGAGGGACCGUGAAGGGUCCGAGGGGCUCGCGGCGAUGGUGGAGAAGGACGAGUCCGGCCCCGGCGGCAUCAGCGAGGAGGAGGCGGCUCAGUACGACCGGCAGAUCCGCCUCUGGGGGCUCGAGGCCCAGAAAAGGUUACGGGCGUCGCGGGUGCUGCUGGUGGGGCUGCGGGGCCUGGGGGCAGAGGUGGCCAAAAACCUCAUCCUGGCCGGGGUCAGGGGGGUCACCCUGCUCGACCAUCGCCAGGUUUCCCCGGAUGACAGCCGUUCCCAGUUCCUGGUGCCGGCGGGCUCGUGUGGCCGGAACGUGGCCGAGGCGUCGCUGGGCCGUGCCCAGAGCCUGAACCCCAUGGUGGAGGUGAGGGCCGACCCCGAGAGCGUCGACGCCAAACCCCACGACUUCUUCACCCAGUUCGACGCGGUGUGCCUGACGUGCUGCUCCCGGGAGUCCAUGGUGAGGAUCAACCAGAUCUGCCACCAGAGCGGGGUCAAGUUCUUCACCGGGGACGUCUUUGGCUACCACGGCUUCAUGUUCGCUGACCUGGGCCACCACGAGUUUGUGGAGGAGAAGCCCAAGGUGGCCAAAGGGAGCCCGGGGGUGGAGGACGGACCCGAGGCCAAACGGGCCCGGCUGGACCCCCCCGAGACCACCAUGGUCAAAAAGCGCCUGGAAUUCUGCUCCCUGCGGGAAGCCCUGGCCGUGGAGUGGCGCGGGGAGAAGGCGGCGGCCGCGCUGCGACGGACGGCCCCGGACUACUUCCUGCUCCAAGUUUUGCUGACAUUCCGCUCGGAGCAGGGCCGGGAUCCGUGUCCCGGCAGCGGCUCCGAGGACUCCGAGCGGCUCCUUCGGCUGCGCCGGGAGGUGUUGGAGGCUCUGGGGGUGGGGCCGCAGCUGCUGCCGGAGCACUUCCACAGCUCCUGCUUCUCGGAGAUGGCCCCGGUGUGCGCCGUGGUGGGGGGAGUGCUGGGCCAGGAGGUGGUCAAGGCCCUGUCCCAGCGGGACCCCCCCCACAACAACUUCUUCUUCUUCGACGGCCUCAAAGGCAGCGGCGUCGUCGAGUGCCUGGGACCCCCCCUCUGAGGGGUUUUGGGGGUCCUGACCCCCCCUCUGAGAUGGGAACCCCAAAUUUGGGGGGGUCUGGGGUGCCCUGACCCCCCCUCUGAGGGACACCCCAAAUUUG